AUGCCGAUAAAGUCGCCCUUCGAGUCGUCCAUAGCCAAACCGGGCCAGGGCAAAGUCGUCCUCUCUCUCCUCCCACCCUCCGUUCCGACUCUGACGACCUUGACGUAUAAAUACCCACUCAAGCUACUUCCUCGCGUUCCCGGCUUCGUCCCCCAGUCGUCCGGCCUCACCUGUCCUUCUCGACCCGUCCACCUCUACCUUCUGACCUACGGCGGAGGGCUGCUGCCGGGCGAUCACAUCGAUGUCUCCAUCACCCUGAAGCCGCGGACAAGGCUCGUCGUGACAACCCCCCAGGGGAGCACCAAGAUCUUCAAGACCGAGCCCACGGCCAGCGUCAAGGGCCAGCGAGCCACCGCCGCACGCACAUUACCGGACAAGAGCCGCCAGCUGGUCGACGUCCAGAUCGAGAGCGAGGCCGCGCUCUGCUACCUCCCGGACCCCGCCGUCCCCUUCAAGGACAGCCGCUACGAGCAGAUCCAAUCCUUCACCGUCGACACCUCCGCCAAGGACCACACGCGCAGCAGCCUCUGCGUCCUGGACUGGGUGACGCAGGGCCGCAGCGCCCGCGGCGAGAACUGGGAUUUCCACCUCUGGAGGGGCAAGAACGAGGUCUGGACGCACGACGCCGCCGGCAAGAAGAAGCUCCUGCUGCGCGACUCCGUCAUCCUCGACGACGAGGUCGACGCCCAGCUCCUCGAGGACGACACCGAGACCUUCAGCCGCAACGACCUCAUCCGCCAGCGUACCCGCCCCCACGGCAUCAUCGGCACCCUCAUCCUCUACGGCCCCGUCUUCGAACACCUGGCCGCCUUCUUCAUGGACCGCUUCACCUCGCAGCCGCGCAUCGGCGCCCGCAACUGGUCCUCGUCCGCCCCCGCCGCCGUCGAAACGCCCUCCAACGCCGACUCCGAUGUCACCUUCACCGCGGCACGCGUCCGCGAGGGCUUCGUGCUGGUGAAGUUCGGCGCCAACGACUUCGAGACCGCCAAGAAUUGGCUCGGUGAUAUCCUUCGCGAAGAGGGCACGAUCCGCAAGGAGUUUGGCGAAGAGUCCCUGGCCUGCUUAUAA